AUUCGUAGUGGGGAGAGAGCAGGGGGAGCCAGUCGUGAAUCUCAGAACUCAGGAGGCUGAGGCAAGAGGACCAUGGGCCACAAACCAUGGUGGGGCCACCCAAUCCCUUCUCAUAGCCUCUGAAGUGUAAAACCUGCCAGCCUUCUGACCGAAUCGCAAAUUUCCAUUUCAAAAUUUAUUUAAAUUUUACACACACGCAUCCCACCUCAACACAUGUGAGUGUUUCUUGUAAAGAUCAAUUUAAAUAUAUAUAUUAUGAAACGUUAACUUUACCUAAGAUUCUAAGAUUGACGCUUUUAGCAAAUGUCAUGCAUAGGUCGCCAGACUCCCUCUGGCUAACUCCAGGAUCUAUGCGAAAAUUGUCAUUUUGGUUUUUCUUUGUUUGUUUAAGGGGAAAAAAAUAUCCCUAACUGUCUCGCUGUCUUAGGUUUUCUAAUCUAGGACUCCUUCCUGCGCCCCCUAGGGGCCGGGAGGUAGACAGGCGUCGCUAGGACAUGGGCAUUUUAAACAGAAUAUUUCAACGAUUCUCAAAGUCUGAGCUCACUCAAAAACCACAGACUCAGGAAAGACGUCCCAACACACUAAUGUGAAAAGUCCCAUUCUUGGGAACUGAAAAGCUACCCGAGGGGUUGGGAAUUUAGCUCAGUAGUAGAGCGCUUGCCUAGCAAGCGCAAGGCCCUGGGUUCGGUCCCCAGCUCCGAUAAAAAAAAAAAAAAGAAAAAAAAAAAAGAAAAAGAAAAAGAAAAGCUACCCGGAAGUUUUUGUGAGGCUCUUCGGCUGAGCUAAUGGCCUCAGGGCUUCCUGAGGAGUUUGUGUUCUUGGUUGUGAGGAAAGGCUUUCUAAAAGUGGCCAAUCAAGUUGGGGAGCUCAAAUUUUGCUUCGGGAGGGCAAUUUGGGGCAGCUACAAAAACAAAAAGAAAAACAAAAAAAACCCCAAAAACAAAACAAACAAACAAUAAAAAUCAAAAACCAAAACCGGAACACAGGCAGAAGGGCAAAGGACUCUUGAGCAAGCUUGUUGAUGGCAGGCCUGAGAAAUAGUGACAUGGGGAGGCGCCUAGAGAAGAUGUAAGCGUCCACCUGAGUUGCUACGCUGCUUACGCUGCUUACGCUGCUUACGAGGAAUGGGGAGUUAGGGAAUUAAAAAUAGAAGACAGGGGCUGGGGAUUUAGCUCAGUGGUAGAGCGCUUACCUAGGAAGCGCAAGGCCCUGGGUUCGGUCCCCAGCUCCAAAAAAAAGAACCAAAAAAAAAAAAAAAAAAAUAGAAGACAGCUAACCAAAGGAACAGGAUAGACCAGCUAGAGUUCUGGGGUCACACUUCCUAGUGAGAUGUGGAUGCAGGUGGCUCAACCAGGAAGUCAGCUUUGCUUCCAGGGUACAGAACACUUCUCAAAAGCCUUGUAGAUAGAGUAGGGCUUGGCCUUACCCAAUUCAGCGAAUUGCGCGCUUAUGGCAGAGGUGGGGGUGGGGAGGAGAGUGAAGCUAUGGGCCGCCUGUACACCAACCGGUCUGAAGAGGGCGCUAGUUCCCCCCCCAAACACUCCCCGCCCUCACCCCGGCUCUGUCCAUGUACCUGACUUUUAAAGCGGGGAUUCGGGUUGGUUUGGGUUUAAGCACGGUUUUACCCAGUGGGUGUUUCUAGGAAGUUGGUUUCCUGCCUGGUUUUGCCGUUCCUGGCAGGUGCUGAUCUGGGGCUGAGCAGCAGGGUUGGCCUUGAGGCCCAGCCAGGCGGAUAGGUGGAGGUGUGAGGCAGGUGCCCUUUAGAAGUAAUCAGGCCCUCCCCGGACUUUCCAGGGUCAAUUCUUGGCAGGAGGUGAGGGGUUUGAAAGUUAAUUAUCCAGAACUGACUAGAAGGCUGCGGGCCAGGGCAGGCAUCUCCCCAGGACCCGGAUGGCUGACCUUCAGGACCUAACUAUGCAAGCCGUUUAUCACACUGGCCCAGGUGCGGUACCAGGCGUGUGCCCGCUCCUUUUGUAACAUGCCAGUGCUCUUGACUCUGACACUUGGUGCGGUAGGCCGAGAGAGGCCGUCCUCAGUCCAGGACUCCGAGGGAGCAAAUCUUUACCCCGGAACUUGUCCAUUUCGCUGGCAUUAGUAAGGUCCGCCUUGGGGACAAAAGCCUGAUGGUGCUGAGGUCCCCUGGGAGCCGACGUUUGGCUGCUGGGCACCAUGUCAGGAAGAGCCGGGCGUCCUACCGGGCCUAGGAGGGCAUGACAGGCAGGUGUGGGGACCCAGGAACAGCUAGAGGAGGAUGCCCCAGCUGAGCAUCCCCGGGCUGUGUGCGAUCUGAGCAUCCCUGGGCGCGCGCGGGGCCGGGGUCAGGGGGCGCGCGGGAGAGGGAGGAGCCGCUCUGGGCCGGCGUUCGUAGGGGCCGGGAAAGUGAAAGGGCGGCCGCUCCAGGAAGUCGACGGCAGGAAGCGCACGACGCGGGCUGCGGAGCGCAGAGCUCAUCUCCCUGAUGGAAGGAAGAGGGGACAGGACCCAGUAGAACCCAUCUGAGGUUGCUUCCCGGGCCGUGUGAACCGCAGGGCUGUCAGAACAACUUUAACCUGUUUCUCAAGUGGCUGAUUUCCGGACUAGAGCACCGACUGAGAUCAGGGGGCAACAUAAAUGGCUCCGCUCCCCAUGGGCGUCCGCUUCAUCAUCUCCUUCUCCAGGGAUCAAUGGUACCGGGCUUUCAUUUUUAUGCUGACGUUCCUGCUCUACGCAAGCUUCCACUUAUCCCGAAAGCCUAUCAGCAUAGUGAAGGGUGAGCUACAUAAGCAGUGUGCUGCCGCAGAUGAGCCUGAACCAAGAUUCGGUGGCCCGAGCAGCAGUACCAGGCGUAGCCCCACCCACUGGCUCCUGAACAACGAGACCGAGACCGAGACCGACUGUGGCUGGGCCCCCUUUGAUAAGAACAACUACCAGCAACUGCUUGGAGCCCUGGAUUACGCCUUCCUGUGUGCCUAUGCCAUUGGGAUGUACCUGAGUGGCAUAAUAGGGGAACGCCUGCCGAUUAGGUAUUACCUGACUUUUGGGAUGCUGGCCAGCGGCGCCUUCACAGCCCUGUUCGGCUUGGGCUAUUUCUACAACAUUCAUAGCCUGGGCUUCUACGUGGUGACCCAGAUCAUUAAUGGACUGGUGCAGACCACAGGCUGGCCCAGUGUCGUCACCUGCCUCAGCAACUGGUUUGGAAAAGGAAGGCGUGGCCUGAUCAUGGGGAUUUGGAACUCCCACACCUCCGUGGGCAACAUUCUGGGGUCCUUGAUUGCCGGUUACUGGGUGUCUACGUGCUGGGGCCUGUCAUUUAUCGUGCCCGGGGCCAUCGUUGGAGCCAUGGGGAUAGUGUGCUUUCUCUUUCUCAUCGAACACCCAAAAGACAUCAAGUGCUCCUCCACCCUCCCCACGCAUCCCAGAGCCUCCGAGAACGGCAUAAACAGAUUCAGAGUACAGAAGCAAACCACACACAGUGAAAAGAACGGGCCUCUGGACCCAGAGCUUCAGUGCUUACUGCUCUCCGACGGGAAGAGCCCCCUCCACCCGAGCCACAUCGUUGUCCUCCCUGGUGACAGGACCAGCAGCAUGGCCGCCAUCAGCUUCACGGGAGCGCUGAGGAUCCCGGGCGUGAUCGAGUUCUCUCUGUGUCUGCUGUUUGCCAAGCUGGUCAGCUAUACCUUCCUGUUCUGGCUCCCGCUGUACAUCACCAAUGUAGAUCACCUGGACGCCAAGAAAGCCGGGGAGCUUUCCACGUUGUUUGACGUGGGCGGGAUCUUCGGUGGAAUUCUAGCAGGUGUGAUCUCUGACCGUCUGGAGAAACGAGCCUCCACCUGUGGUCUGAUGCUACUGCUCGCGGCACCCACGCUCUAUGUGUUCUCCUCCGUCAGCAAAAUGGGCCUAGAAGCCACCAUAGCCAUGCUCCUCCUCAGUGGGGCCCUGGUCAGCGGGCCCUACGCUCUGAUCACCACUGCCGUCUCUGCAGACCUGGGGACUCACAAGAGUCUGAAAGGGAACUCCCACGCCCUAUCCACCGUGACAGCCAUCAUCGACGGCACCGGGUCUGUAGGAGCUGCCUUGGGGCCCCUGCUGGCCGGGCUCAUCUCCCCUUCAGGAUGGAGCAACGUGUUCUACAUGCUGAUGUUUGCAGAUGCCUGUGCCUUACUGUUCCUGAUCCGCCUCAUACACAAGGAACUGAGCUGUCCAGGGUCGGCUACAGUGAUCCAGGCUCCGCUGAAGGAGCACUAACCUCGGAGUCCCCUGGAGCGCCUGGGCCCAUCUUCCACAUAACUGUCUUUGGAAAAGAUGAAACGAAGGAUCCUGUCAUGAAAAGGAAGGCUCGCCCUUUCCACGUGCACCUGGGAGCAACUCGGAAGCUACCUUGAGACUUGCCGUACAGACUGACACAGAGCUCAGGCUGACAGUGGGAGGGGAGUCUGUCUGGCUGUGUCCCACUGCCUUAACGGGCCAAGACCCAGUGGCCCAGCCAGCCCCAGCCUGGCAGACGCUCACUCCCCUUUAGCCACUGAACUCUAGCUUGCACAGUGACAGGUAGGACUAGCCUGCAGCACCCAGGCAGCCCACCCCUCUCAGGUAUCCAGCGCAGAAUGUUAUAUAGCCUGUGAGUCCCAGCCAUCCUGCCCCGCCAUUUCCCGAAUGUUUGGGAUGAAAGGAGAAGACGUGUCGCUCACGGGAUGUCUCAGCAACCGACCGACAGCAUGGGAAAACCCAGUCCCAGUCAGAGACGGAGAUGGAGUCCACGCCCGGCUGUCACGGAGAGCCAUGCUCAGUACCGACCGUGUCAAGAUGGGAAUGUCUGCGAAGCAAUAAGCCCCCCCAAACAAGGCAGGGGCACUAGGAAGGCCAGUCCCGAAGCACCGGCGUGUGCUACGGUCCCCAGAAGAACCGAGAGAGAGCACAGUGGCUGGGGAGGGGACUCUGUUGGUUACCCAAGAGCAAUGGGUCUUACAUAGCCAUCCCUCUUGUCCCAGACACCGGGGCUGUUUCUAGACCCACAGGGAUUUAUUUAUUUUAAAUGUAUAAUGUAUUAUAUAGAUUUUAAGAGACAUAAAUGGCGUUUUGUUAUUUAUUAAGACGAAUGUGAUUGUUCCGUGGCCACUUCUUGUCUUGAUUGUACCUGCUCUUUGAAAUAAAUGAGUUUUUAUUUUAAAAAUAAAAAAA